CCGCCCUUUCCGGGCGCCGCCAUCGCCUUCCGGGCGCCCCCCCUCCCGCCCCGGGCCGGGCAGCGGCGGCCGCGAUGGAGGGGGCGCCGCUCUUCUCCUUCGGCGUCAUCGCGGACAUCCAGUACGCGGACGCGGAGGACGGCUACGACUUCUGGGGGUGCCGGCGGCGCUACUACCGGCACAGCCUGCGCCUGCUGCGGGCCGCCGUGGAGGCGUGGGCCGCCGAGCAGCCGCCGCCCGCCUUCGUGCUGCAGCUGGGCGACACCAUCGACGGCGUCAACGCGCGGCGCGGCGCGGCGGAGAGCGCGCUGGAGCGGGUGCUGGCGGCGCUGCGGCGGCUCCCGGCGCCCGUGCACCACGUCUGGGGCAACCACGAGCUGUACAACUUCAGCCGCGAGCGCCUGGCCCGCAGCGGCCUCAACAGCCGGCCCGCGUCGGCCGCCGGCGCCGCCGGGGACUGCCAGGCCUACCACUUCAGCCCGGCGCCGCGCUUCCGCUUCGUGGUGCUCGACGCCUACGACCUGAGCGUCCUGGGCAGGGACGCGGCCGCGCCCCGGCACCGCCAGGCCCUCCGGCUGCUGAAGGAGAAGAACCCCAACGAGAACCUCAACAGCCCCGCAGGACUCAAAGAACCACAGUUUGUAGAGUUUAAUGGGGGAUUUAGCCAAGACCAACUGGACUGGUUCAAUGAAGUCCUUAAAACCUCUGAUGAAAACCAAGAAAAAGUUGUAGUUAUGGGUCACCUGCCCAUUCAUCCAGAUUCUUCAGACAGAGUUUGCCUAGCCUGGAAUUACGAAGAUGCCCUUUCUGUCAUACAUGCUCAUCAGUGUGUGGUGUGCUUCCUUGCAGGGCACCUGCAUGAUGGUGGCUAUUGUGUAGACUCCCAUGGAGUUCAUCAUCUGACUUUGGAGGGGGUUAUUGAAACUCCACCAGAAAGUAAUGCCUUUGGAACUAUUUAUGUCUAUGAUGAUAAAAUGAUAUUAAAGGGAAGGGGCAGAAUUUCAGACAGAGUGAUGUAUUACUGAAAAUGGUAAGCACAUGAAUACAAAUUGCUCUUCUUCAGGAACUACCCAGACUAAAACAUAAUAGCAUCUACUGCAGCAAUGGGAUUCAGCAUAUCUUUGUUUAUAGCAAGAUCUGCUUGGCUGAUCCUUAUACAUUUUUCCUCAAACAUUUUUCUCUCAGAUACAAAAUUUUAUAAGUUAUGUUUUUGUAAGAAACCAAACCUAGUCUCUUCUUGCAGAAUAGAGAAGGUCAGUAACUGUGAAAUAAAUGUACUUGAAUGCAAAGUUUUGACUCAAAACACCCAAUCCUGAAUGGAUUGUUACCUACUGUGAAAAAACAAACCAUAUUAACAAGGUUGUCUUAAAAAUCCACCUUUUUUUUAUAUUGCUCAGGUUUAUGACAUGCAGAAUUGUUCCUGCUCAUCAGCAUUUCAACUUUUUUUUUUUUUCCCCAAAGAUCUAAGUCAACAAUGUCUCCAGUCUGGCAGAAGAUUUCAUCCUGUAGCCUAUUACAGUCAUCUUAAGAUAGAUGCUUUCAAAAUUACUUUAGUCUUUUAAAGCAAGGCCCAAGGAAAAUGGGGACCAUCUAUGCUACAUCAGCACAGUACUGAGAGGUCUAAGUUAAAAAAGUGUCAAGCCAGGAAGACUGUGGCAUCAUGUAAUGCCACAGAUAUACCAGCCGUAAUCUGCACAUAUCUAGCUGUAUUAGCUUGCAGCCAUAUUAAGCUAACAAGCCCUGACUUGAGAAGACUUAAAGCAUGUUGCUGUGCUGCAUGUGAACCUAUACUGGCUCUCACCCAGCCACCUUGUGUGUCCAGUGUAUUCACCUGUGCUUCCUUUUCCAGGAUUAGUGAUGAUAGAGCAUGCUUACUCUGUCUGGACUGCUGUAUAUGUUCUGCUUUCUAGAAACAGAGAUAUUCUGUGAAAAGCAGAGAGUUGUGAUAGUGACUAUGUCUGCUGGUGGCAGUCUUGAGCACGCAUCUCACAGAAAAUAAAUAUAUGCAAGCUUUCUUUGAA